CAUGCAGUCCGGAUCUCUGGUUCCUCUUCCAGUUUUACGCGCGUCUCUCUCCUCUCUGAUUGGACGGAACACUUUGUCUCGCUGUGUCUCCUCCCUUCUCAUUGGUUGUUCGGGGUUUUGACAGCGAGCAGGAGAGAAAAAACUCCUCCAGAAGUGAGUAUCAAUCAGAGAGACGUUCAGGGGGACAGAAAGAGCAACAGAAAGACGCGGAGAGGAAGAAAAACUCUCAAUCCUCCAGGACUCCAGAUCUCAGGAUGGCUCAGUCUGCUCGGUCUGCUCAGUCUGCUCAGUCUGCCUGCAGCAGUUUGACGCGUUUCUAGUCACAGUUUUGGGAUUUACUACUUUGGACACUUGGUGAAUUCUCUGACGUGUGCUUUUUUGUUGCUUGUUUUGCUCCACUGUCGUUGGACCGGACCGGAGACAGGAGACCGGAGCUGGUUCUGGUUCUUCACUGCGUCCUCCUCCCUUUUGGGUGGAUCAGAGAGCAAUGAGUGAGAGGAGGAGAUCUGCAGCAGCUCUGAGCUCUCGAGCCCACGCGUUCUCCGUGGAAGCUCUGAUCGGCUCCAACAAGAAGAGGAAGCUGCGCGGCUGGGAGGACAAGCAGCUGGAGCUGUCCAUGGAGAGUCUCGGAGAGGACGGAGAGGACGCACCGGACCACUGUCUGGACAUGGACCCGGACUCGGAGGCGAGUCCCGGCUCGGACGGAGAGGGUCUGGCCGAAAGGACGUCGUGCUCCUUCGGCUCACCUGCAGAGCUGGCCCCGGUGCCCUGCGAGCCUUCGCCUCCGGCCUCCAUGGAGGAGAUCCAGGUGGAGCUGCAGUGCGCGGACCUGUGGAAGCGCUUCCAUGACAUCGGCACGGAGAUGAUCAUCACCAAGGCGGGCAGGAGGAUGUUUCCUGCCAUGAGAGUGAAGGUCGCCGGUCUUGACCCUCAUCAGCAGUAUUACAUCGCCAUGGACAUCGUGCCGGUGGACAACAAGAGAUACAGGUACGUGUACCACAGCUCCAAGUGGAUGGUGGCGGGAAACGCCGACUCCCCGGUGCCUCCGCGGGCCUACAUCCACCCAGACUCUCUGGCCUCGGGAGACACCUGGAUGAGGCAGGUGGUCAGCUUCGACAAGCUCAAACUCACCAACAACGAGCUGGACGACCAGGGACACAUCAUCCUCCACUCCAUGCACAAGUAUCAGCCUCGCGUUCACGUCAUCAGGAAGGACUUCAGCAGCGAACUGUCUCAAAACAAGGCGGUGCCCAGCGGGGAGGGAGUCAAGACCUUCAGCUUCCCUGAGACCGUCUUCACCACCGUCACUGCCUACCAGAACCAACAGAUCACCAGACUAAAGAUCGACCGCAACCCGUUCGCCAAAGGAUUCAGGGACUCUGGCAGAAACAGGACCGGCCUGGAGGCGAUCAUGGAGACCUAUGCUUUCUGGAGACCUCCUGUCAGGACCCUCACGUUCGAAGACUUCACCAACAUGCAGAAACAGCAAGGUGGCAGUACAGGAACGUCUCCGACCACCUCCAGCACAGGAACCCCGUCCCCCUCUGGAGCGGCUCACCUCCUGUCUCCCUCCUGCUCCCCCCCCACCUUCCACCUCGCCCCCAACACCUUCAAUGUGGGCUGCAGGGAAAGCCAGCUGUGCAACCUGGGCCUGUCCGAGUACCCGGCCUGCGCCCGCAGCAACAUGGCAGCCCUGCAGGGCUACGGCGGCCUCGCCGACAGCUCCUACGGACGCCUCCAGGCUGCGGGGGGCGGCGUGGCGUCUGGUCAGCCCUCUGAAUCCUUCCUGCCGCAGAGGACUUCCUCCUUGAUUGCCGCGGGCAUGCAGGGCAGCGCUCAUGCCUCGCUGACAGGCGGCGGCGGUGGCGGCGGCUCUGGAGGAAAAAUGGAUGCCUACGGCGGUCAGCUCGGCUCCUUCCCAGCCUCGCAGCUUCAGUACGUGAUGCAAGCCGGCGGCGGCUCCGGCUCUGGCUCGUCCUCUUCAUCCGGCUCCUCCCCGUCUUCCGCCCAUAUGUUCAGUGGGAGCCACCACCACGUGCAGCAGGGCUCCUACAACGCCUUCUCCCUGCACAACCCUUACAACCUGUACGGAUACAACUUCCCCACCUCCCCUCGCCUGGCCGCCAGCCCCGAGAAGCCCCAGGGAGGGUUGCUCUGCUCCUCGUCUCCCGCCGGGGCCUUCGCCGAGCGCCAGUACCUGUCCAACGGAAGCAUGGACAUGCACAUGAUCGGCAACACCGGCGGCGGCCAGCAGGGCGGCGGCUCCUGCGACGGACGCCAGUACGGCUCCUCCUCUCAGAUGUCCAUGCACAUGGUGUAGAAACAGUCCGCCAUGUUUCUGAGAAGCAAAUCUUCUAAUCUAUGAACCCGGUGUGGCGUUGAUGUUGAACCGCUGUUUUUACCUUUCAGAAAAGGAUACGUGUUUUUUAAAGACACUCCACCACAUACAGCAUUAUAGAGGGAGUCAAAACUAUUAUUUAAUUAUCUUUGUAUUAAUGAAGCGAUAAUUGGGACGACUCUCUUUCUGUUUCUAACAGGAAACAGACUCAACAGAUUGUAAUACGAAGCUCAGAAGGGAUUGUGAAUCUGUUAUGGUGCAAUAGUAGCAACACUCAAGUGACUCAUUCUUGAUUUUAUUUUUCGGGACUCAAAAGGCCGUGACGUCAUGUAACCAAAGAAUCUUCACUGUGAUCCAGAAGUUAUUUUACUUCAAGCAGCACUUGUGCCGAAUCCUUUUUAGCGAUGUCAAGAUUCGGCAUCACGGUCUGACUGGAACGAAACAACUGGAGAAGAUCACUGAAUGACUCGCUGCUCCACACACACACGCAGGAGAUGAAGUAUCUGGACGCCGCGGGGUGAAAACGACACGCUAAAAAAAAGAGCUGCAGGUCGAGUUCACCUGAAAACUCCCAGCAGGCGUCAGGACUCCAUCGACCCUCACAGACUGGAAUGGCUUCACUAUUUUCGAGUGGAUUAUGUUGUUUUUGUUUUUUUUAGCAUAUAUAUAAAAAGAUGGCGAAUGCAAUCAAUAACAUAAGCUUAAAAGUUGUUGUGUGAAAAGUUAUAAAAAAGAAGCAAUAGCAAAACAGAGUAAUUAAAGUAUGUUUUGGUGUGUUGUUGUAGAGAUGUGUAUUUAAGUGCUGAGCAAUAUAACACUUUUACAGGCCAAUCUGUUAUAAAAAAGAAAUGUGUGAAAAAAAGGGAAAGUAAUUCUUUUUGAGGCAUUUUUAAAAAAUGUAAAUACAGGUGCCAAGCACGUAAAAAGCUCAAUAAACGUUUUAAUUCAUGUA